UUUGACGUCUUACACACACACACACACACACACCCAGGAAGUUGGAAGUUGGUUGACGUAUGUCUGAAAGUUUUCCCUCGGGUCUUCCUCCACUUAUGAAAUCCAGAAAGUUUAAGGUGGUUUAGUGAACAAACGUGUUCACAUUUUACAUGCAAUAACAAAGGUGCAGUGAUCAGAACACAGUGUAGCAGUGGAUACAUGGUGUGUGUGUGUGUGUGUGUGUGUGUGUGUUUGUGGUGAGCAGUGUACACUGCAACAGUCAUAAGUUUAUAUCAGAAGUAUAUUGUGUAAGAAGCUUCACUCACUCAGAAAUUUCCCUAAUUCCUCAACUCUCAACUGCUUCCUUUAUAGCUCACUUCAGGAGGAGAUUAAAUACUGCCUCUGUCCAUCCUCUCCACUCUGUAGAUCAUCUCUCCACUCUGUAGAUCAUCUCUCCACUCUGUAGAUCAUCUCUCCACUCUGUAGAUCAUCUCCACUCUGUUGAUCUCCUCCACAGCCAGCAGCUGCAGACACCAUGUCUCUUCUCCUCAUUCUGCUCCUGCACUGCUCUGUAGCGCUCGUGUCCUUCUCCUCACCGGUCAAACCUGGCAGCUCUCAGACCAGCGACUUCAAGUCCAACGUGCAGGACGCACAGAGCCUGGUCAGUAAGAUGCUGAAGAACAUUCCUGCUGCGCAGAAGUCCUGUGUGAAACAGCACUUUACAAAUGACCCAUUCAGUCUGGAGUACAUCAGGGAGACGCUGGCCAUUCCUCCUGCACCUAAACUCGCUCCCAUCUCAGAGACACACACCAUGGAGAUGAACCUGGGCAGAAUCUCUGAAGGUCUGCAGCUUCAUCAGCAUCUCCUGCAGGAAGUGAAGGUGAAGGUGGACUGUGCUGGAGAACUGAAGGUGUUACUGGCUGAAAUCAGUGAGCUGAACACACACAUCAGUAAGGUGCAGUCUCUGGCCGGGAUUCCCGUCUCGAACCCUCAGCUGGACUCGGGGUCAGUGCUCACUGCUCUCGGUAAAGACAACUAUACCCUGAACGUGGGGGUUCACCUCCUGCUGGAGCAGCUGCGGGCCUUCGCUCAGGAUACCGUACGCAGCUUACGAGAAAUUCAGCACUUGCCCCUGCGCUUUUAACUGACCAGAUAACUGACCUUUACACCUUUUACAUGGAUUUCUAUUUAUUUAUUUAUAUAUUUGAGGAUAUUUAUAUAUUUAUUUUUGUACUGGAGAGAUGAACAGACACACAGGCUGCCUUUAGACUGUAUAACGUUCAUAUUCACAAACACACUGUAGGGUCAAAAGUUUCUGUCCCCUGUCCGUCACACCCGUGUGUGUGUGGGUGUGUGUGUUUCCUCCACAGUAGUCCUACAGUAGUAUAGAAGGUCUGUGUGUGUGUGUGUGUGUGUGUGUGUGGAGUCCUGGAGUCCAAACCCUGCUCCAAACUGACACAAAGCAGCUCCAUGAAGACCUGGUGUGGAGGUGAAGGUUGGAGUGAAGAACCCGAGUGUCCAGCAGCUUAUUACAACAAGAAGAAGAUGAAGAUGAAGUCUGGGUUUAUUUGGAGUUUUGGAUGUGUCAGGUGUUCUCAUGCUACUGGUCCAGGACAGUGUGUGUGUUUCUGCACUGUGCUACGUUCAGUGUUUUUUUUUUGUUCACUUGUUUUUAUUUUUUAAUGUUUAUUAUUUAUUUUUUGAUAAGGUUUAUAGAAAGGUACAGCAUAGUAAAUGCGAUGU